AUGGCCGUGACGUCGACCGAGAACUUCAUCGCUGCAUUCAAGAAGCCGCUCACGAUGCCUGUCUUGUCGUCACCUCCACGACUACGGCUAACCCGGGCGGCCAGAGCGCGGGCAGGGGAGCUAGACGACUCGGAGCUCGUCCCCAAGAGGAGCGCUAGGCUUGCCGCCAAGAGCAGGCAUAGGGAACCGAAGCCAGAGGCUCAGGCGCGGAAGGUGAUGAUGAAACGUCUGGGACUCAAGGAGGUGGAGACUGAGCUACUGGACAAAGCCUCCUUUGAGGAAUUCCAAACCGCCGUCGCCCUCCCCCUGUCGACAUCAACACGGGAAGCCAUGCAGGUUCUCUUCCCGGGUAGGAACCAGCGGGCAUAG